GAGAGCUGCAAGUAAUGUUGCAAAUCUGAGGCGGGAGGAGCCUGGACGGAAUUCUCUCUCUCUCACAUACAUACAAUCUCGCUCGCUCUCUCUCUCACACGCACACACAUACCCUAACCCCCACCCCACCCCACUUCUGGAUUUGACUUGGUUUUUGGAAAUUCGACAUCAGCUGAAGUCCCCAUCCUCAAACUCCCCUCUCCGUCUUGAAAUCCCCGCCCGUCCCAAGAACUCUUGCAGUUUCCAGGUGAAGGGUGGGAGGGACAAGACUGUAAACUGACCUAACAUGAUCUUUUCAAAUGUCCCUUUAAGAAUCUGCGCGACGAAGCAGCAGCCCUAUGCCCCACCUGCCCAGCAGAUGGCACCGCCCAGUCCCAGCACCAACAGCAGCAGUAACAGCAGUAGCGUUGGAGGGGAGCAACUGAGUAAAACCAACCUCUACAUCCGUGGGCUUCACCCUGGUACGACCGACCAGGACCUUGUCAUGCUCUGCCAACCGUACGGUAAAAUAGUCUCCACAAAGGCCAUUCUGGACAAGACAACCAACAAGUGCAAAGGCUAUGGGUUUGUGGAUUUCGAUAGUCCUGCUGCUGCACAGAAGGCAGUGUCUGCGUUGAAGUCCAGUGGGGUGCAGGCCCAGAUGGCAAAGCAACAAGAGCAGGAUCCAACGAACCUGUACAUCUCCAACCUGCCACUGACUAUGGAUGAGCAGGAGCUCCAGAACAUGCUGAAACCUUUCGGUCAGGUGAUCUCCACGAGGAUACUGCGGGAUGCCAAUGGUACCAGCCGAGGUGUUGGCUUUGCCAGGAUGGAAUCAACAGAAAAAUGUGAAGCCAUCAUUGCUCACUUCAAUGGGAAAUUCAUUAAGAUGCAGCAAGGAGUUGCAGCUCCCUCAGAACCGCUGCUGUGCAAAUUUGCAGAUGGUGGGCAGAAAAAGCGGCAAAACCAAAACAAGUACCUGCAGAAUGGCCGGGCCUGGCCCCGAGAUGGAGAGCCGGGUACAAUGACUCUUACAUAUGACCCAACAACCGCUCUGCAAAAUGAAUUUUAUUCCAGUCCAUACAGUAUUGCUCCAAACAGGAUGAUCGCACAGACAUCUAUCUCACCAUACAUCACUUCUCCUGUGUCUUCAUAUCAGGUCCAUAGCCCAUCCUGGAUGCACCAUCAGUCAUACCUUAUGCAGCCUAUGGGAACAGUAAUAACACCAACGAUGGACCACACCAUGUCUAUCCAGCCCACAUCAAUGAUGGGACCAUUAACCCAACAGCUUAGUCACUUGUCCCUGGGCAGCACAGGAACGGUAAGUGCUGCCUACACUGGUAGUGCUCUGGGAUCGUGGGGAAAAUACAUGCCUGCCACCACAGCAAUACAAGGGACAUACAUUCCUCAGUACAACCCAAUGCCUCCCUCCAACGUAUCUGUCGAGAUACAUGUCCAUGCUUUUCCCAUUCGACAAAAUGAAAUAAUGUCUAAUCAACCGAACACCUACUCACCUCCUGGCUGGGCACAGAUGCAAAUUCAAUCAGGUACCACACCUUUAUCCUGAUGGUACAAUAUUUCAGUCUCAUUCAAUAAACCAUUUCAAAUGCUCCCUCGAGCCUGUGUUGUAUUAGGCAAAAGCAAAUGUUGAUUUCCAGAAGCGUCAAAAAAGGCCGAUAACCUGAGACAUCCCGUGGCAUUGUAAGUGUUAAGAUGGACUUCCUCAGACCUUCAUGUUUGACUAUACUUCCACAAUUGAGCCAAACUCGGAGACAUGAUAUAAGGUUCAAAUAAAAAGCAAAGGUGGGUCACAAGGGGAAAUAAAUAUUCCAGGUAACUCAGCCAAACAAGCUUCGUGUAACUUUUAAGAAGAAUGAGGACUUCUUAAUAUCAAUUUUUCAUGUCCAUUACCUGAUCUAUUCACCACCUAAUAGGCCUGGUGUUCCAGGUGAUCAUUAAGUAUGUUCAAGUCUGUGAUAGAUUUUUAAUCUGUAAGGGAACCAAAGGUUAUAGAGAAAAGGCAGGAAAUUAGAGUUGAGGAUAAUCAGAUCAGCUAUGAUUUUAUUGAAUGAUGGAGCACAUUUGAUGGGCUGAAUGGCCUACUUCUCUUUAUGUCUUAUGGAGAUCCUGCAACAUGGACUGGGAAAUGAUUCACAUAGGAAAAUGAUUGCUGGUUAUAAAUAUGUUGACAUUAGGGUAAAAUUAUACAGGUCACCUCUGUGCCACAUAUUUUUUCCAUAUUUUGGCCCCCAACUCAGGCCAGACAAGGCAACUGGUCGGGUAGAGGAACAAGGAUUGAAAUCAGUAUGUGAUGUGUUUGCUUUUCCAGUUUUAAAUGGGUGUAUUUAAACACUGGAAAUACUGAGUCUAGAGGCCAAUCUGUGGAACAGUCUACAUUCGCGUUUCACAGACCUUUGAUCCACUGCUUUAGGUCCAUUUUUCAGGCAUCUGGAGUGGCCACCUAAAAUAGGGAGUUGGCCUUCUAUCUGUUAAGCAGGGGCCUAACACGAACUGAGAGAUGUCACUGCUCAGAAUUCUUCAAAAAAGAAAUAUCGUUCUUGAAACUCCCACGAGUGCUUUCAUUCUGGUUUGAUGAUUUCUACAUCUCGGCCCAUCUCCUUCAGAACCAUCUCUGAUUAUCAUAUGAAUACCUGGAAUAUUUAUUAGAUGAAAGAUUUUUUUCUGAUGUAUUAAGACAAAUAGUUUUUGGUCUUCAUCUUGAAGUCAGAUAGAAUGCCUGCUAGAGCCUGUACCUUUAUACUGCUGUAGGAUAAAGAUGACAAUUGGAUUGUAGUAGUAUUCCAGCGCCGGGAUUGUGAAAUAUUUUGUUUCUGGGGCCCUCAUCCAAUUUUAUCAAAAUUCCAGACUCUUGUAAUACAGCACAAACUUUUUUUCUGUAUA